AUAGUUCAGGUGAAAGAUGUUUCACUCUUCACUCUGGAAGGAAAACAGCAUAUUGCUAUUGGUGCUUUUCACGCUCUGCUUUCAAUAGUGAAGGAUGUCAGCUUAAAGAAAACCUACACACAAAGGAGGGCAAAGCAAAGCAAGAGAAUUGUAGAGAAAUGGUGCCAGAAUCCUGAUUGUACUUCACUCCAAGUCCUCACCACCUCUGAGUUUACUGCUCUACCAGUUUUCUCAUCUGCAGAUGGAGUAUAAUUAUAGCAUCUACUUCAGUGUUGUUGUGGAUCAGUGAUUUCUAAUGAUGAUACAGAUGAAUAUAUGGAGAGAAACUACGUAAGCUACUGUUUUUAAGCACUUUGCAUAUAUUCGCUCAUUUAAUACUCACAAAACCCGGGCAGAUUUUGGGCAGCUGAGGCGAAGUGGCAGCAGUAGGAGCAGCGGCAGCCAGAGGCAGGAUGAGCACACGCAGUAAAGGCGCUGAGCAGAAGUCCACCUCAGCCCAGGGAAAACCAGCAGCCCCAGCUCCUCAGAAGAGAGGACCCGGCCGACCCAGGAAGCAGCAACAAGAGUCAACCAGUGAGCCUUCUUCUAAGAGACCAAGGGGCAGACCCAAAGGCAGCAAAAACAAGAGUCCCUCCAAAGCAGCUCAAAAGAAACCAGAAGCCACUGGACAAAGACGGCCAAGAGGCAGACCUAGGAAAUGGCCACAACAAGUCGUUCAGAAGACGUCUGCUCAGGAGACUGAAGAGACAUCCUCACAGAAGUCUGCAGAAGAGGAUUAGGAGGCGCCAACAUUCAACGUCCACCUCAGCAGCAGUUGAAUCUUUUGAAGGGAGAACUACUUACUCCCUAUUGCCAUGGUUUUUCCACUUUCAUCUGGGGUUGCAGGGGAAGGGUGGGGGUGGGGUGGGAGGAGAAGGGACAUAACCUUGAAAAGGACUGUAUUAAUCACCUUCUUUGUAAUCCCUUCACAGUCCCAGGUUUAGUGGAAAACUGCUGUAAACACAGGAGACACAGUUUAACAAUGCAACUUUUAAUGACUGUUUUCAUUUUCCUUAACCUACUAAUAGUUUGUGGAUCUGAUGAGCAGGAGUGGGUGGGUGAGAAAAACUCUGAAUGGGUUUAGCCAAUCACUGUACUGCAUCCAAACCAGAAACGUGUCACCUGCGUGACAGUGGGCAUUCCUCUAGGCAAGGUGCAGUAGGAAAUGCUGCCCACCUCAGACGUCACCCAGCCCCCUCUCAGUGGUGAAGCUUCUGUUUAGAACACCAAAGAUAGGACUAGAUACUACUUACUUUCUCAUAUAACCUGGUAGACACUUACUUGAUGAUGUUUUUAUUUUUACCUUUAUUUCUAAGUGAGAGGAAAUGCUGAUGUAUCUUUUCAUCCAACUAACCAGAAAAGGUGAUGUUCUCUUUUCAAAAAGGGAAGUAAGCAAACUCAGAUUGCCAACUCCUAUAUUUAUGGAUGCUAUACAUUGCUUAUUUAAUACACAGUUAACAGUAAUGGUGAGUUUUAAUUCUCUCCGUAGCGCCUUUGGUAAUUCACAAUAGUGAUGGAUCUAAUGGUUCUAGCAUUUUAAGAAACCUAGACAAGUAAAAUUAUUCUCUUUAUGAUUUCAUGAAAAGGUACAACAGAAUAACCCAUGAUGAACUUACCUGGAUUAUGAGACGGGGGGAGAAGCAAAAUCUAAAUCUAUUUUGCUAUAGUUAUACUACAAUUUAAAGAACAACAACAAAGCAGGCUCUCUUGUCUCUUUCUUUUCUCUCUGUCUCUCUCUCCAUUGUGUAUGAGUUUCUGUGAAAGAUCUAAAUACCAUGUUCCUCAAAUGAAGCUUAUGUGUUACUCCAGGUAAUACGUUUUGACAUAGGAUGGUUGGCUGAAGUGCUUUUCUUUGACAUCAGCGCGCAUCUCUUCACUCAAACUGCGCUUUUAGCCAGAGAUGCAAUAAUACAUCCCCGCUGCUCAAUAUCACCUAUGAAUGUUACAGUUAAUUUACCGUUUAGUACUUAUUACAGGCUGCUGACACAAGCAAUGCAAGAAAAACCCUACUGGGAAGGUGAUGCUAAUCAUCUACAGUCAUUUUUGUACACUUGUUAGAAUUAAAAGAAGCAGCAUCCUUACUAUGUUUCAGCAUGGAUAUGUAUUUUUCUAUGAUUUUUUUAAAUCAAAAUUUUAUAAAUACUUGUUUCGGUUUCUCUGCUAGAUUUUGCCAAUUAGCUUGAACAUUUUUUGGUAACCAAGUCGCUCCUAGGUUCUUAAGGAUUAUUUUCCUCCAUUACACUACACGUCACACAAAAUUUGACUGAUGUUUAAAUAUUACCCUCCAAGUUUGAACCUCACGUGAAUUGUUUAAGGAAAUGGACUAAUUGACUUGUAAAGACCUACCUCCAGACUUCAAAAGGAAUGAACCUGUCAUUUGCAGCAUUCAUUUUUGUCAGUGUUUGGAAUAGUUCAGACUGCAGCUAACCCUCAUCAGAACUAUUUUGCAAAAGACUUUUGAUAGAAAGGAACUCAUUUUUACGUACUUUUUUGCAAAUAAAUAAAAUAAAGCCAACCUUAAAAGAAACUUGAAGUUUUGUAGAUGAGUUGCAGCAAGCUCAGCUUUUGCAUGAUGUAAUCAAAAUGUGUUUUGAAGAUUAAUUGACCAUGAGAAAAUGCUUGACAAAUAUUUUCACAUAUUUUAGGCAAAUGUGAUUUUUGUACUGCGUCUCAACCAGAUUUAUUUUAAGGCUUCUUAUGUAAAGUUUUUAUUCCUUUGUCUUCUAGUGAGUGUGCUGACUUUUUAACAUGGCUAUUAUCAGUUGGGCCAAGAGGUAGCAUCUCAUGCCAGCUUGUGUCAGUCUGGCUUUUAGUACUGAUGCCAAAUGAAACUUAAAGCCAUUUCUCUUUCCAGCCACUUCAGAGAAGUAGUUUCAAAGGCCACAUACCUCUCUGAGACCAGCAAAUCCAUCACUAUUGUGAAUUACCAAAGGAGCAAUGGAGAGAAUUAAAACUCACCAUUACUGUUAACUGUGUAUUAAAUAAGCAAAGAAACGGUGGCUCAUAAAAAUAAAAGUCCCACACCAUAUCUUGAGUUGGGCCUUUUGAAACCUCACUGACCAGCUCAUAAAACUGAAGCAGUUGCUCAUGUUGGCCAAACUCAGAGCAGCCAGUGAUUUCUGUCUCUGAAGUUACUCUUUUAUUUCUUAUGCGUUGUACAAUCAAAACACACUUAAGCCCCAGUAUACCUCAUUUUUCAUACUAGAAAAAAAAAAGGCUUGUGGCUAAUGGAACAGUAAGAACAUCAUCAAAUUUACACAUACAUAGUUUAUUUUUGUGGGAGUUAAAUUUUAAGGACUGUUCUUUGCUGUUGUUGGUCUCAGGCUAAGUAAGACUAGAUAUUUAACCUUUCUUCCAUUUCUGCAAAUUAGGUAUAUUUGCAGGAGAAAAGUAUCAAGACAUUGACCUGUAGUUGACUUUCUCCCUGUUUCUUGGAGUAUCUUCAAUUUUGUUCUUCAUGUAGAGUUGCUGUCUAUGAUUGUCCUUUGAAUGCUUGCUUGUUGAAAAUAUUUCUCUAGUGGAUUAUCACUGUCUGCUCUGCACAAUAAACAUAAUAGCCUCUGUGGGAAAAAAAAAACUCACAAAAUCCUAUUAA